AUGCAGUCGCUGGGCCAGCUCAUCGGGAUGCUCCUCCUCAACCCCAUCUCGGACAGGAUCGGCCGCAAGGUCACCCUGUACGUCCUCUGGGUGCUCCUGGCCGGGUCGCUGCUCAUCGAGACCUUCGCCCUCGACUGGAGGGACUGGACUGGCGCCAAGAUCCUGGCGGGCGUCGGCGUGGGCGCCAUCCAGUCUACGCUGCCGGUGUACAUGACUGAGUGGUCCCCUGCGAACAUCCGCGGUGCCAUGGUCCUAGUGGUGCCCAUCCUGACCCAAUGGGCUUUCCUGGGAGUCAUGCUGCCUAUCUUCCUUUGGCUUCCGGAAACACCAGGUGAGCCGUAUCAUACGGGCUUUCUGUACGCAAGCCUUGCCUUCCUGAACACCUACGCGAGCUUGUUCUUCAAGCAGAGCGGCUUCACUAAUGCUUUUCUGGUGACCACUAUCAUGGCCAUCCUCUCCCUCGUGACCGCAACGGGUCUCAUCCUAGCAACCGACCGGUUCGGCCGCCGGCUCGUGGUCUUCGUCGCGUCCAUCCUCUGCUCUCUCGCGCUGCUGCUGGUGGGCGUCCUCGGCCAGGUCGGCCACACGAAGCCGCUGCAGGACUUUCUCAUCUUCGUUGCAUUCGGACCGCUCGGCUGGGCGUUCGUCGGCGAGGUGGCCUCGCAGCGCCUCCGCGCCAGGACCGCCGGUCUCGCGGCCGCCAUGUCCGUCAUGUUCGGCCUGACUUUCAACACGGCCGUGCCGGUAAUGCAGGACGGCCUGUUGCUAACUCGUGUCGUGAUUAUAGUCGACACCGAAGGCGCAGACUGGGGCUACGAUACAGCCUGGUUGUUUUUCGGCCUCGGCUCUCUUGUUUGCGUUAUGGUCUGGUUGUACGUGCCCGAGCCCUCGCAGCGCAACUAUGCCGAGAUGGAUGAGAUGUAUACCAACGGUGUGCCCGCUAGGAAGAUGAGGAAGUAUGUCACGGAGGUGCAGCUUGCUCAGCAACAGCAGAUUGUCGAGGCCGAGAAGCUCCAGUAG